GCGCUGGGCUGUGCGGCGCCGCCUCUUCUCGGUGCCGGGGGAGGGACGGAGGGGCCGGGCGGGAGAGAGAGAAAGCCCGACCGACCGGCUGGUGGAGAGCUGCAUGCAACCGGUGGGAGGCCGGGCCGGCUGGGGCUAGGGCUCGGGCGCAGACCCUUUCGCGGCGGGUCCCUGGCGGCGAGCGCGGACGGCCCGAAGGCGGCGGCUCGGAGCUGGCAGGCGGAGGGCUGUCUCCCGCGCCCGCCUGCCCGGCGCGGUCCGAGGAUGCGGGGGGGCGAUGCCCGGGGCCAGGGACGCGCUCUGUCACCAGGCGCUGCAGCUGCUGGCCGAGCUCUGUGCCCGUGGGGCCCUGGAGCACGACAGCUGCCAGGAUUUCAUCUACCACCUGCGGGACCGUGCCAGACCUCGGCUCCGCGACCCAGAUAUCUCAGUGAGCCUGCUGACCCUUGUGGUCACUGCCUGUGGUCUCGCUCUCUUUGGCGUGUCUCUCUUCGUGUCUUGGAAACUCUGCUGGGUUCCGUGGAGAGAACGAGUCCUGCCCUCUGGUAGCAAAGACAUCAACCAGGAGCCUCUUAACUACACAGACACAGAGACCAAUGAGCAGGAGAACAGUGAGGACUUCCUAGACCCUCCCACUCCCUGCCCUGACUCCUCCAUGAAGAUCAGCCACACCUCCCCUGACAUUCCCCUGUCAACCCAGGCAGGGGCCCAGGAGAACUGCACCCAUGGCAUCCGCGUGCAGCGCCAAGUCACAGAGCCAACCUCGUCAGCUCGGCAUAAUUCAAUCCGAAGACAACUCAACCUGUCAAAUCCAGACUUCAAUAUCCAGCAGCUGCAAAAACAGGAACAGUUGACCGGAAUUGGUAGAAUUAAACCGGAGUUAUAUAAGCAGAGGUCACUGGAUAAUGAUGAUGGGAGAAGGAGUAACAGCAAAGCUUGUGGGAGACUGAACUUCAUUUUAAAAUAUGACUGUGACUUAGAGCAGCUCAUAGUGAAGAUUCACAAAGCUGUCAAUUUGCCCGCCAAGGACUUUUCUGGGACUUCAGAUCCUUAUGUCAAGAUCUAUUUGCUUCCUGAUCGGAAAACAAAACACCAGACUAAAGUGCACAGAAAGACCCUGAACCCUGUGUUUGAUGAAGUGUUUUUAUUUCCGGUUCCCUACAAUGACCUUGAAGCACGAAAGCUUCACUUCUCUGUGUACGACUUUGACAGGUUCUCUCGUCAUGACUUAAUCGGCCAAGUGGUGGUGGAUCACUUCUUAGACUUGGCUGAUUUCCCCAGGGAGUGCAUCCUUUGGAAGGAUAUCGAAUAUGUCACCAAUGACAACGUGGAUCUGGGAGAGUUGAUGUUUUCCCUCUGCUAUCUUCCAACGGCUGGCAGGCUGACUAUUACCAUUAUAAAAGCAAGGAAUUUAAAGGCCAUGGACAUAACAGGAGCAUCAGAUCCCUACGUGAAAGUCUCGCUGAUGUGUGAUGGCAGACGGCUGAAGAAGAGGAAAACGUCCACCAAGAGGAACACACUGAAUCCUGUUUACAACGAAGCCAUAGUCUUUGACGUCCCUCCUGAAAACAUUGACCAAAUCCACUUGUCCAUAGCGGUCAUGGACUACGACCGUGUAGGUCACAAUGAGAUCAUCGGCGUGUGUCAAGUAGGCAACGAGGCUGAGAGGCUGGGCAGAGACCACUGGAGUGAAAUGUUGUCAUACCCUCGGAAGCCCAUUGCACACUGGCAUUCUCUGGUAGAGAAACGAUGACCAUGGGUCAGAGGAGUGCUUGUGCCAAGGACACAGUAGGACAACCAUCUCACAAAGAUCUUAAGUAACUUUUCCCAUCCAGCAACAUCCGGACGAUUCCAGUGACCAAAUGCUCAGCUGUAAUCACAGCAAUAACUGGCCCUCUUUCUAGACUGGGUUUGGCGAACCUGAAUGGUCCAGCCACCUUCUGUAGGUGGCCCAAGGUGAUGUGCUGCAGGGGAAGCACGUCUCCCAUGGCCAAGGACCAAGACUGGACUACAAAAGAAACCAAGUGAUAGAUAUAGUGAGAGGACCAAGAGUACCACCAGUCAGUGAUUAAUAUAAGGCCCUUGGUGAUGGGAACAUAGCACCUGCCCUGGCAACAGUCACUCUGACAUGAUGUUAUUUGCUAGAAUGCCCUGGAAGGACAGAAUAUUUAAAAAUAUAUCCAGGUGCUAAAUAGGCAGCAGAUCUCAAUUCACACUCGACUACCUUUGAGCUAAUGACUGUCUCCAGAAAAUAAUUUCACCCCCAGAAGUGCUCCAGCUUUGCAAGGAAUAGCCCGAGGAGAAUAAUAAGACAAGUAGGCUGUUCCCCCUGGAAAAAAAAAUCUAGUGCAAGGAGGGCUAGUUCACAGCAAACUCACUGCCCCCUCUCAUGCACAUGGCAGAGAGAACCAGGUGAUCAUGGCCCUCUUCUGCUAACACAAGAUUCUGAAGUGUCAGAAACCCCAACACAAUUUUCUGGGUAGCCAGCAGCCACCUCCUUUCAACUGGUGGUGUUAUUAUAAUGAAAAUUAAUUGUUAUCCCUGUUAGAGAGGCAUACAUCUCAGUGGCAUGAGCAUUCUGGAAUAUCCCUUCCCAGGCACAUUUGUCCAGUGAGGGAACAGCCUCAGAAACAGGUGUAGCAUUGGGUGAGAUGACAGCAUGGAGAGAACACAGCUGUCCCCUAGGGAAGGCACAGCUUUGGGGACUUCUCGGCCUGAGGGCCUUCCGGGGUAUUUCCGUAUGCAACAGCCCAGAGUCAUAGCCUUGGGCAGCCACAGACAGAGGUUUCCUUCUCGCUUCAGACACAUAUACCACUUUCACAGUACUUGGGGACGGAAAUACCUGCAAGAGUGAAGGUCAAGGGCUCUCCCAGGAAAUCUCAUUCAUUACUCAGCUUCCUUCCUGACUGUGUCUGCUGACCCACUGCCAGUUAUGCACCUCAUCCUCCUUGCUUCUGCCUCCACAUGAAUGAAACCAAAGGCUUCGGCGUAUCCUGGGAGGUCUAUGGGCUGUUACCUAGCAGUCCUCUCUCUCCUACUGUGGGUGCAGGUUACCCCAUUCACACAUUUGCACCACUACUCCAAGAUAACAUUUCCCUUUUCAUACAAUCUCUGCAGCAGAAUCCAGAGUUGGAUUGCAUUACAGUUUAUCUUCCUGGAAAGCUCAUUCUCUUCAUUCCAAUUAACAUUUCAGUGUGGAACUAACUGGGUAGAAGCAGGAUCAUUGCAUGUCUUCAGAAAGCUCUUGUUGCCACAGCUGCCUAGUACUAUACAAGAAUCUCUACCCUGAUGUCAGAUCUAAGAAGGUUAGAAGCCUUUGGUUGUGUGACUCUGUGUUAUUAAACUCGAGUCUCACUUCUUUGAUUGGCUUUCAGCCACUGGGAUUCAAUGGGAAUCCACGGCUCUGCCUAGGUCUGAUGACAUGAGAUCAAGGUCAUCCUUUGCUCAAGGUUCCCCUCGCUCAUCCCUCCCCAUUCAGACAUUCCCCACCAUACCAAUAUUUAGAACCAAAGCAUGAAGGGCUAGUGCCAACAGGAUACUUAGCAGAUAUAUUGUCUCUAAAGCCAGGGAGAUAAGCCCAGAAGAAUGGUCCCAGGGAAAUCAGACUGCUUCCAGUAGAUAUUAGGCAGCCACUCCAACAAGCUUGGACGUGUCCUUGGCAAUGGGAGCCUGGGUUGGAGAUCCUGAGGCAGCUGUGCCUAUUGUUACCCACCUCAGGAUCCUCCUGCCCCUAGAGCUAGCAGCCUUGGGGUCCUAAUGAGUAUGUUAUUGAUAUGAAACAGAAGGUGGCUUUGUAAGGGCAAGUGGGCAAAGAGGAUUGUCCACAUAGCAGGCAGGUGGCUUUGUGUCUGGAAAGCUUUGCCUAGCCAGUACAGCUGUGGCCAGAGGCUGGUUAUAAAUUUGAACUCCCUCCACUCAUUUGCCACUCUGCCUCCGUUCUCUUGCAUUCUGUUUGGUUUCCCUUUAGUUUCCUAGUAAAUGUUCCUUUUGAAAAA